CUUAUAGACGGAAGCAGCCUCAAGCUUUACCGGAAGUUGCGCAAGACAAAAUAGCUAGUUAGUAACAAUGGCGCCUCUAGAUUUGGAUAAAUAUGCGGAGAUCGCGAAACAGUGCAAGUACCUUCCAGAAAACGACCUAAAGCGGUUAUGUGACUACGUGUGCGAUCUCCUGCUGGAGGAGUCCAACGUCCAGCCCGUUUCUACGCCUGUAACAGUGUGUGGCGACAUACAUGGACAGUUUUAUGACCUUUGCGAGCUCUUCCGAACUGGCGGACAAGUCCCAGACACAAAUUACAUAUUUAUGGGGGACUUUGUGGAUCGAGGAUAUUACAGUUUGGAGACUUUUACCUACCUGCUGGUGCUGAAAGCCAAAUGGCCGGACCGCAUAACCCUUCUCCGUGGAAACCACGAGAGCAGACAGAUUACUCAGGUUUAUGGCUUUUAUGAUGAGUGCCAGACCAAAUAUGGAAACGCUAACGCCUGGCGUUAUUGCACCAAAGUCUUCGAUAUGUUAACAGUGGCGGCUCUAAUGGAUGAACAGAUCCUGUGUGUACAUGGAGGUCUCUCUCCCGACAUCAAAACCUUAGAUCAAAUCCGGACCAUUGAGAGGAACCAGGAGAUCCCUCACAAAGGAGCCUUCUGUGAUCUGGUCUGGUCUGACCCGGAAGAUGUCGACACCUGGGCCAUCAGCCCUCGAGGAGCGGGCUGGCUCUUUGGAGCUAAAGUCACUAACGAGUUUGUCCACAUCAACAACCUGAAGCUGAUCUGCCGAGCACACCAGCUGGUCCACGAGGGCUACAAGUUCAUGUUUGACGAGAAGCUGGUGACAGUGUGGUCGGCCCCUAACUAUUGCUACCGCUGCGGCAACAUCGCCUCCAUCAUGGUCUUCAAAGACGCCAACACGAGAGAGCCAAAGCUGUUUCGAGCAGUGCCUGAUUCCGAGAGGGUCAUCCCGCCCCGGACGACCACACCGUAUUUCCUGUAAGAUAAGAAAACCCCAAACCUUCUGUCGAGCGCACAGACACUAAGGAGAGUCCUUGCGAAUUUUGUAGUAGAAUAUUUACAGUGCCAACUAUUGUUUGUUCCCCUUCUGUACAUUGACAGCCACUCAUCUGCAGUCCUGGCAAUUAGUGAGCAGCUACACGUUAACUUGUCAACAUCUUACACACCACCUCUACCUUCAACUAGCAAAUAAAACACAGGUGUCAACCUCAAGGCCACGCCAUUUUACAUGGCCUGCACACACCUAUGUUCCGAGAUUGUACUGGGGCUGUAAGUCUAGACGAUCCCAUCCGAUUCCUGGAGUGACUGUUUGAUUUAGAAUCCAUUUUUGAUUCAAACCGUUGCCCGCAAUGUAUUAUUAGGUUUGAUUAUUACGGGUGUCAAAAAAAAAAAAUCAAAUUUUGAAUUAA